CAGGAGUAUGAUAUAGAGCGUACCCAUUCUCCAUGUUCGUACAUCGCUAUCCCCGGACCCCUCCCCGCUAUUACUAAACAUUAAGAUCUCGCACAGCCCCCUACCGAUGAAGAAUUCCGCUCGCAGAUCUCUCACAGAUCAGCCAAUCCGCAGCCGAGAAGGGGGCUGGAUUUAACCAUGUCAUCGCCCCAUGCAGAAAAAAGCCCUUCUGCAUCUUCUCGUUUGUAGGACGUACGGAAGGCACAGCCGUCUGCAUUAACGGAGUUCUCUGCUCAUAGCCGGGUCAGCGUUAUCACAUCACUGGUAUUGGCUGCAGUCAGUCUCCGCAAUGAUAGCUGCCCAGCUCCUCGCCUACUACUUCACCGAGCUGAAAGAUGAUCAGAUCAAAAAGAUUGACAAGUACCUGUAUGCCAUGCGGCUAUCAGACGAAACAUUACUGGACAUCAUGUCCAGAUUCAAAAAAGAGAUGGAGAAUGGACUCUCUAGAGACACAAACCCAACAGCAAUUGUCAAGAUGCUGCCAACAUUUGUAAGAUCAAUCCCUGAUGGAACAGAAAAGGGAGAUUUCAUCGCACUGGAUCUGGGUGGAUCCCAUUUUCGCAUUCUGCGGGUGAAGGUGUCCCACGAGAAGAAGCAGACGGUUCAGAUGGAGAGCGAGAUUUACGACACACCCGAGGACAUUAUCCAUGGAAGCGGCACAAGGCUCUUUGAUCAUGUUGCUGAAUGUCUUGGAGACUUCAUGGAAAAGAAACAGAUCAAAGAUAAAAAGCUACCGGUUGGAUUUACCUUUUCCUUCCCUUGUUCGCAAUCCAAAUUAGAUGAGGGUAUUUUGUUAACCUGGACCAAAAGAUUUAAAGCCAGCGGAGUGGAAGGGAUGGACGUUGUCAAAUUGCUAAACAAGGCCAUCAAAAAACGAGGGGACUAUGAUGCGGAUAUAAUGGCUGUUGUGAAUGACACUGUUGGAACAAUGAUGACUUGUGGGUUUGAUGACCAGCGCUGCGAAGUUGGCAUUAUCAUAGGAACUGGAACAAAUGCCUGCUACAUGGAAGAAUUGAGACACAUGGAUUUAGUUGAAGGGGAUGAGGGGCGUAUGUGCAUAAACACAGAGUGGGGAGCUUUUGGUGAUGAUGGGUCCUUGGAGGAUAUUAGGACAGAGUUUGAUAGAGAGAUUGACAGAGGAUCACUGAAUCCAGGAAAACAGCUCUUUGAGAAGAUGGUGAGCGGCAUGUACAUGGGGGAACUUGUCAGACUCAUCUUGGUAAAAAUGGGCAAAGAGGGACUUCUGUUUGAAGGCAGGAUCACCCCAGAACUCCUUACCAGAGGGAAAUUUGAGACUAAACAUGUAUCUGCCAUUGAAAAGAGUAAAGAAGGUCUAAGCAAAGCCAAAGAAAUAUUGACCAGACUUGGGGUGGAACCGUCCCAUGAAGACUGUGUAGCGGUGCAACAUGUGUGUACAAUUGUCUCUUUCCGAUCAGCUAAUCUGAUCGCGGCUACCUUAGGAGGAAUUCUGGCUCGUCUACGAGACAAUAAAGGGGUCCCCAGGCUGCGUACAACUGUGGGGGUUGAUGGAUCUCUAUACAAGAUGCACCCACAGUAUGCCAGACGCUUGCAUAAGACGGUAAGACGUUUGGUUCCCGAUUCGGAUGUGAGGUUUCUACUGUCCGAGAGCGGUAGCGGGAAGGGGGCCGCCAUGGUGACGGCUGUGGCGUAUAGGCUGGCCGAGCAGCGCAGGCAGAUCGAUGAGACGUUGGAAGAGUUCAGUCUGACCCAUGAACAGCUGCUCGAGGUGAAGAGGAGGAUGAGAAUUGAAAUUGAGAGUGGACUUAAGAAAAAGACCCAUGAAAUUGCCAAAGUUAAAAUGUUACCUACGUUUGUUCGGAGCACGCCAGAUGGCACAGAAAACGGGGACUUCUUGGCUUUGGACCUGGGAGGAACAAACUUUCGAGUUUUGCUUGUCAAGAUUCGAAGCGGUAAAAGAAGGAUGGUGGAGAUGCAUAAUAAAAUCUAUGCCAUCCCUGUAGAUGUUAUGCAGGGGACAGGGGAAGAGCUUUUCGAUCACAUUGUUCACUGUAUAUCUGAUUUCCUGGAUUAUAUGGGCAUUAAAGGAGCACGGCUUCCCCUGGGAUUCACCUUCUCAUUCCCCUGCAAGCAGACCAGCCUGGAUGCCGGUAUCCUGCUAACCUGGACCAAAGGCUUCAAGGCUACAGAUUGCGAGGGAGAAGACGUGGUAAAUCUUCUACGAGAGGGAAUUAAAAGGCGAGAGGAAUUUGAUCUGGAUGUAGUUGCUAUAGUGAAUGACACUGUCGGAACAAUGAUGACAUGCGCCUAUGAAGAUCCAAACUGUGAAAUUGGCCUUAUUGUGGGCACUGGCAGCAACGCGUGCUACAUGGAGGAGACCAAGAACAUAGAAAUGGUGGAAGGAGAUCAAGGAAGAAUGUGUGUCAAUAUGGAAUGGGGGGCAUUUGGUGACAACGGAUGUUUGGAUGAUAUUCGCACGGUUUAUGACAAGGCUGUUGAUGAAUUGUCAUUAAAUUCAGGAAAACAAAGAUAUGAGAAAAUGAUCAGUGGAAUGUAUCUGGGUGAAAUUGUUCGUAACAUUUUAAUGGACUUCACAAAACGAGGAUUUUUGUUCAGAGGCCAGAUUUCAGAGGCAUUAAAAACUAGAGGAAUCUUUGAGACCAAAUUCCUUUCACAAAUUGAGAGUGACAGAUUAGCUUUGCUUCAAGUAAGGGCAAUCCUUCAGCAACUUGGUCUGAACAGCACCUGCGAUGACAGUAUAAUUGUAAAGGAGGUCUGCGGAGUUGUAUCAAGGAGGGCAGCUCAGUUGUGUGGUGCAGGAAUGGCCGCCGUUGUGGAUAAGAUACGAGAGAACAGAGGUUUAGAUCAUUUGGAUGUCACAGUUGGAGUAGAUGGAACUCUGUACAAAUUACAUCCACACUUCUCCAGGAUCAUGCACCAAACCGUUACCGACCUUGCCCCAAAAUGCAACGUGUCGUUUCUCCUCUCAGAAGAUGGCAGUGGGAAAGGAGCGGCUCUUAUCACCGCUGUGGGCUGCAGACUCCGUGAUGCUGAACCAAACUAAACCCUGAACAUCUUCACUCUUUUAUUUUUUUUCCUGCCUUUUUUCAGCACUUUCAUUUCAAGCAGUAACGGUAAAAAGGCUGAUGGCUACUCUGUCCAUAGGAAAGCAAACAGGGAAGCUGGACAGACACACGGGAAGUGUCAGCUCCGGUAUAAUACUGUUACUGGACUGCUGUCCUCACCAAUCCCCAGCUAACACAACACCUUCAAAGGUCAUCAGUAUUUGUUUAUAAUUUAUUCUGUUGUUUUAUACCUUAUGUAUCAGUUUGAUCAGAAACACGUAGAAGGUCAUAUUUAAUUUUAUCAGCAUUGUAGUUCAUUGUUAACUCGAAAAUUAGCUCCCACCAAGCCAUACAUCG